UGCUUGUGUUUUGGAACGGAUCCAUGCAAGACUGUUUGCUCUUGAGACUUGCGCAGGCUCGUGUUUUCGACGCAAGAUGAAGCGCAUUUUCACGUGCGUCAGUAAGAGCACGUGCACGCGGUUGCGCGCAAUUAUCUAAAAUUGAGUUGGUGCAAGAUGACUCGAUACCGGGAAUGGUACCCCAACCUGUCUGUGAUAACACGGGUUUGCGAGAGUUCUUCAGAUCCGAGUGGCUCUGCUGUAGUUAGAGAGGUGUGGAGCACUGAAAGCUCUUUCACAGAUCAUGACGGCCGCUGGUUGGGGGUGCGUCGAGGUUGGGGGUCCAUCAAGGCUCGUCUACACAGUGAUACCGUUCGCUUGCAGCAUCGAGGUGCAGCCCCAAAGCCGUUCGGGCCAGUACCCCGCAGCAGGUUUCAGGGCGGCAGUGUUGAUGUGUCUGUGAUGGCUAGUCAGUAUGGGAAGUCCCAACACAGAUUUAUUCCAUAUGACCGUUCUAGUCAGAGAGGAGAGGGGUGGAUGAACAAGAUUGGAGGGGGAAACGCGCACAGAUUCGGAGCAGAAGAUGCAGAGAGAGGAGGGGAAAAUUGGUUUAAAAUUACAAUCCCACAUGGAAAAAAGUAUGCUAAGAAAUGGCUUCUAACAUCACUACAGAAUCUCUGCCCCAUUGCAUUUAUUCCAUUACACUACUCCACAGAGGGACAUAAAGUUCAUUUCUAUCUGGAGGAUGCUGCUGCUGCUAGCGCUCUGUGCAAACUCACACGCAGAGUCACAGACAGUGAAGGGAACAGGGUGGCCGUGCUUAUGAACAGUUGUUCCAGUCCCCCUUUUCUCCAAAGCGAGCUGAAGCCACAAGAUAUGGAGCGUUUAAAGCAUUGCAUGUCCAAACGCUUUGACGGUUCCCAGAAGUCUCUCGACCUGAACAGUAUCCGCACUGAUCCAGACCUGGUUUCCCAUAAUAUUGAGAUGAUCUUAAAUCAAGAAAACUGCAUGCAAGCUGUGAUCAAAAUCAUACAAGAGAAUAUCCCAGAGUUGUUGUGUUUGAAUCUGAGUAACAACAAGCUGUGUAAGCUGACUGACAUUGCAGAACUUGUGAACAAAGCCCCUAACCUGCAGUCCCUGAACCUGUCUCAUAAUGAGCUCAAGUCAGAGCAAGAGCUGGAUAAGGUGAAGGGGUUCAGGCUGGUGGAGCUCUGGUUGGACAGGAACCCUCUGUGUGAUGCCUUCAAAGAUCAGACCACAUACAUCAGUGCUGUUCGGGAGAGAUUUCCCAGGCUUCUCAGAUUGGACGGUCAUGUGCUUCCACCUCCAAUCUGCUUUGACGUGGAAACAGGCACAAACAUCCCUGCUUGCAAGGGCAGCCACUUUGUAUCGAAUGAAAUCCAGGGACUCAUUCAUCGUUUUCUGCUACAUUAUUACUGUGUGUAUGACUCUGGGGACAGACAGCUGCUGCUGGAGGCAUAUCACGAUGAUGCCUGCUUCUCUCUCAGCCUGCCAUCCAUAAACCAUCUCUCCAGGUGCAGGUUAAAAAAUUAUCAUGAACACAGCCGCAACAUCAAGAACAUCAAAGAUUCCUCCGCUUGGUUCCACUUGCUAAAACGCUCCCGCCUGACUGUAGUCGCCUUCCUCAGUGAGCUCCCAAAGACCCAGCAUGACAUGAAUUCAGUCAAUGUUGAUGUCAACACAUACUCAAGGACUUUAUUAGUGUUCACAGUGAGUGGAGUGUUCAAAGAAGCUGAUGACAAAUUGAGAGACCGUGUCAAGGCUUUCUCCAGAGUCUUCAUCACAGUUCCAGCUCAGAAUUCUGGUCUGUGUAUCGUGAACGACGAGCUCUUUGUGAGGAACGCUACCAGCGAGGAGAUACGCUGUGCAUUUGCCCCCUCAGCACCGGCCCCCUCGAAUAGCCCAGUGCUGCCCACCCUCACGGCAUCCCAGCAGGAAAUGCUCUCCGCUUUCUCCCAGAUGUCUGAAAUGAACCUGGAAUGGUCUCAAAAGCUUGUGUAUUGCUGUCAGAUGUCUGCAGGAUAACGCAUGGGAUUUUCACCGAGCUGCUCAGAUUUUCACAGAACUCAAGGCUCAAGGAAAGAUCCCAGAAGCUGCUUUCAUAAAAUGAAAACAACAAACAUACAGAAAUGCAUAUGUAUGUACAUAGUUUUAUUUGUUGUUUAGCAGGCAUUUAAUUAUGAUGUGUUAAACGGAAAUGAAACAAACUUGUUUUAUAUUAAUUAUAGUUUUAUUUGAGUUUUUUUUUUUUUUUCUUAAAAGGGUUAUACCUCAGGUUUAUGCUUGAAUAAAUUACAGCACUGUUCCUGCAUUAAUUUUAAAAGCACUUUUUCUGUUUUAAUUGUGAUGUCUGAAGUAUGUGCUGAGCUUUUUUUGGUGUUGUGUUAAAUGUGAUGUUUUCACGGCAAUAAAGUUGGUUUACUCAGCAAGAUCAAGAAAUCAAUAUGAAACACUAAAAU